CCUCCGUCCUCCGUCCCCCGCCCCAUCCCCAGGUCCUUCCCACUGCGAAGCUGAGAACCUUAGCUCCGGCCCCGACCGGAAGCCCCACCCCACCGCCAGGGACGCGGACUCGGGAGUGCGCACAUUCGCAGCCCGGGCAGCCCUGCUGCGCACCGGUCCUCGCGUCCAGCGUCCCGCGUCCCGCGCCCCGCGCCCCGCACCGGCCUCCAGGAUCAUGUGGUAUGUCAGCACCAGGGGCAUAGCCCCACGGGUCAACUUUGAGGGGGCCCUCUUCUCUGGCUAUGCACCCGACGGGGGCCUCUUUAUGCCCGAAGAGCUCCCACAGUUGGACAGAGAGACCCUGUGCCAGUGGGGCACACUCUCCUAUCCUGGCCUGGUGAAGGAGCUGUGUGCCCUCUUCAUUGGCUCUGAGCUCCUUCCAAAAGAUGAAUUAAAUGAUCUGAUCGACCGAGCCUUCAGCAGAUUCCGUCACAGAGAAGUGGUCCAUCUGUCCAGGUUGAGGAAUGGGCUGAACGUGUUGGAGCUGUGGCAUGGCGUCACAUAUGCAUUUAAGGACCUGUCCCUGUCCUGCACAGCACAGUUCCUGCAGUACUUCCUGGAGAAGAGGGAGAAGCACGUCACUGUGGUUGUAGGAACAUCUGGGGACACAGGAAGUGCUGCCAUUGAGAGUGUUCAAGGGGCAAAGAACAUGGACAUUAUCGUUCUGCUGCCCAAAGGUCACUGCACAAAGAUUCAGGAGCUCCAGAUGACAACGGUGCUGAAGCAGAACGUACAUGUGUUUGGAGUGGAGGGAAACAGCGAUGAGCUCGAUGAGCCGAUCAAGACUGUGUUUGCCGAUGUGGCUUUUGUCAAGAAGCACAAUCUGAUGAGCCUGAAUUCGAUCAACUGGUCCCGGGUCCUGGUGCAGAUGGCCCAUCACUUCUUUGCUUACUUCCAGUGUACGCCAUCCUUGGACACACAUCCCCUACCCCUGGUGGAGGUGGUUGUGCCAACAGGGGCUGCCGGUAACCUUGCAGCUGGGUACAUUGCUCAGAAGAUAGGCCUGCCCAUCCGUCUGGUCGUGGCAGUGAACCGCAAUGACAUCAUCCACAGGACUGUCCAGCAGGGAGACUUCUCUCUCUCUGAGGCUGUUAAAUCAACCUUGGCAUCAGCUAUGGAUAUUCAGGUGCCCUACAACAUGGAGAGGGUGUUCUGGCUGCUCUCUGGCUCUGACAGCCAGGUGACAAGAGCCCUCAUGGAGCAGUUUGAAAGGACCCAAAGUGUGAAUCUGCCCAAGGAACUGCACAGCAAGCUUUCAGAGGCAGUGACAUCCGUGUCAGUGUCGGAUGAAGCCAUCACCCAGACCAUGGGCCGCUGCUGGGAUGAGAACCAGUACUUGCUGUGCCCCCACUCAGCGGUGGCCGUGAACUACCAUUACCAGCAGAUAGACAGGCAGCAGCCCAGCACUCCCCGGUGCUGCCUCGCCCCUGCCUCUGCAGCCAAGUUCCCGGAAGCUGUCCUGGCUGCUGGCCUGACCCCUGAGACUCCCGCGGAGAUCGUAGCCCUGGAGCACAAGGAGACACGCUGUACCCUGAUGCGGAGAGGUGACAACUGGAUGCUGAUGCUUCGGGACACCAUUGAGGACCUUAGCCAGCGGUGGAGGAGUCAUGCCCUCAACACCUCCCAGUAGCCUGGCUGGAGGUGGCUUUCUUUAGGCUUCAGAUCCCAGGAAGAUGCACCUUCUGAGCUGCCUUGUGCACCCUCCCCAUUAAGCGUAGGUUAGGAGGUUUCCGGGAGGCUGCUCAGCUGGAUCUGGAGCCAGCUGGCUUUGCUCCGUUCCCUGGCUAGUCUGUGCCUGGUCACCAGGGAGGCUGAGUGAGGGGCUGUGAACAGUUGCCAGAAGCACCCCCUCCCUCCCUGGCCCGUGCAGCAGUGUCUGAGCUGUAGUGAAAGUUUCAGGGCCUGCAAAAGAAGAGGCUUGGGCACAGGACUGACCAUGGCUCCAGGGGUUUAGGACCCCAGACCUGUGAAGGUGGGAGCAGCUCACCACCUUCACGCAGGCUUUAUAUGUUCUCUGAGCCUUAGUUGAUUUGGCCCCCAAACCAAAUCCAAAGGUUCUGGCCCGCCUUGUCAGAGGCUUCCACCCUGCUCACAUGUUGGGAAUCCCUGGAAUAAAAUGCUUGUUCAGCGUGAUGGAGACGGCACGUCUCUGGGUAGGUCCCUUCCUAGAAGAGCUGCAGGACUGUGGGCAGCCCUGGGGGCCGCUGAGUGGUGGGCUGAGGUGUGUGCGGCAUCCCCCUGCUGCCCUGCAUUGGCCCAGGCUUGAGGGGCCAGCAGAGCAGGCAUGGGCCAGUGGCCCUGGUGGUGCUGGCAUCCAUAGAGGUUGAGGUGGGGCUCACCAGAUGGAGACCCUGUGGGAAAGCAUUGGCAUCAAUGUGCAAACCGAGUCAAGGCGCCCUGUUGCUCAUACAUCACUUGGGAUUGAGCCCAUUUGGCUCAGGUUCCAAUCCAUUUCAUCAGGUUCUAGUCUUGUGUGGGUUGAGGAGAGUUUUAGACAAACACAUGAACGGCAACAGAAGCCCCAUGCCUUGGACGCUGGGAGCCCCUAGGAGGGGAGGGGAGGCAGGCAUUGGAUGGAGGGAUUUUUUGCCACUAGAGGACGUUGAUGCCGCCACCCUGGGGGCUGCUGUGAAAUGACCUAAUGGGUAUUUGUCCUCCAGAGCCCCCUUCCCCUGCCUGCCUGAGGUCUGAAGGCGCUGCUCACCCAGGUGCGAUCUCUGCCUGGCAUUCCCCAUCAGAACAUCCCAGCCCCGCAUCUCCGUGGGACUAAAGGGAAAGGCCUCUGGCGCCCUCUGCUGAAACACUGGACAUUGAAGCGCUGCAGUCAAGUACCCAGAGGGGGAGGACAGGGAUGCUGGACUCCAGGAGGACAGAAGGAGUGUUGUUAAAGGAGUGUCACUGUCACUCCUUGCCAGAAGGAGUGUUCUUAAAGGAGUGACAGUGACUCCUUACCAGCCAUGACACUUGGCAGUUCCUGAGACACUUUAACAUCCACAGCAGCAGACACUGAUGCAGCCCCUGGGGCCACUUACCCAUUAGAUUUGAUAGGCCCAAUGCUUAGGGGCCACCAUUCAUUAGAGGCCCAUGAAAAUGUCUUCGUUUCUUUUAAAACAAAAAGAAAACAGUAUAAUACAGCUGGGAUUUUAUUCAUCUUUCUUCUAACACAGUUGUACAAUAGAAUUUUAAGUAUUUUUUUUACAGAGGAAGACACCCAUGAAAGCAAAAAUGCCUAAUACCCACAAAAGUUACUGUGCAGUCCUGAUAGCACCUACUGUGUGCCAGGUGACAUUUUACAAAAAUUACCUCAUUUAAUCCUGACAGCAAUGUGUGAAGCAAGUGCUACUGUUUCCCCCACAAUGUUGCGGGUGAGAACACUGAGACUCCGAGAGACGAGAUAACUUACCAGGGUGGCAACACGGAACAGAGAGGCUGGAACUUGAACCCAGACCUUGUGGCCUCCAGUUUGGUGUGUAGUUCUCCUCACACUGCCUCCUGUGUCAGCGGGCAUGUUCUUAUGGGGCUUUCUCUGCUACCUGCCUCCCUCCAUCCUUCCCCAGGCCCUGGCCCUGCUCCUGGAUCCUCCCGCCAUCUUCCUUUCUUGGAUGGAUCUGGAAGCAUGGCUGUGCUUCUCCAGGAGUCCUCCAGGGGCUGCUGCAGCCCUGUUUUCCGGGCUUCUUUAACUGGCACUGGGCACUGCUGUGGGCAGGCCUGUGCAGGUGGCUCCUUCUCUUUUGCUGCCAUAUUCUGAGGACCUCAGGGCAGGGCCAAGGUCACAGGGAAACCCCAUCCCCUGAAUGGUUCUGGGACCUAUCCAGCUCUGAGAGGCCACCAUGCCUGUGAGGGAGGCCGGAAUAAGGCCACGCCAGGCACAACGCACAUCAACAGGAAACCUGAACUGAGGCUACACUGGCCACAGGGAGUCUUGGGGAAAUGAGAAAAAGGAUGAGAACGAGAUGAAGUCUGGAGAAGUGCCCACCCCUGUAACACACACACACACCACGCGAGCUGAAUAGUGUCACUUCCAUUAUAUGUUGAAUCCACAGUAUCUCUGAAUGUAACUGUAUUUGGAGAUAGGGUCUUUAAAAAGGUAAUUAAAAUGAAGUCUUUAUGCUGGGCCGUAAA